UCGUUCCACCCUUAUUGGAUAACCACUUACACAAGUGCUUGCAUAAUGCAACAACAUUGAAAUUGUAUAAGGCAAUUUACACAACGCAUUGUAAUACAGUAACCUUUUCUCAUCCUAGCGCUUCCACAGUCGAGUCCUGCAGAAAACUGAUAUAAGAAUUGGGGAAUUUGGAUCAAUUCCAUUUCUAUUCAGAUUGUUGUGAUGAUGCUGCGUUGGUGGGCGGGUCUUCCCCUGCUCCUCCCCCUCCUGGUGCUGUGUGGGUGUGGUUUGGCCCAGAGUUCCGAGCCCAUGUUUCGGUCAAUGACUGAGACAGUUCUACCUCCUGACAACCAGCACAACCCCACCCAGCUGAACUAUGGGAUGGCCGUUACUGAUGUGGAUGGAGACGGAGACCUGGAGGUGGUGGUGGCGGGGUACAACGGUCCUAACCUGGUGCUGAAGUAUGACCGUGGUCAGCAGAGGCUGGUGAACAUAGCGGUGGAUGACCGCAGCUCUCCAUUCUACGCCCUGAGAGACCCCCUGGGGAACGCCAUCGGGGUGACCGCCUGCGACGUAGACGGGGACGGGCGGGAGGAGAUCUACUUCCUCAAUACAAACAAUGCUUACUCUGGUCGGGCCACAUACUCUGACAAGCUCUUUAAGUUCCGUAACGGACGCUUCGAGGACCUGCUGGGGGAUGACAUCAACGUGCGCAGAGGAGUAGCCAAUCGGAUGGCAGGACGCUCCGUGGCGUGUGUGGACAGAAAAGGUACAGGGCGUUAUGCUGUGUAUGUAGCUAACUAUGCCAGUGCAAAUGUUGGUCCCCAUGCCCUGAUAGAGAUGGACGAGGCAGCCAGUGACCUGGCCAAGGGCAUCAUCGCCCUGUCUGACGUAGCAGCACAGGCCGGGGUCAACAAGUACACAGGUGGGCGUGGUGUAGUGGUUGGACCAAUCCUGAGCCAGAGCAGCUCUGACGUGUUCUGUGACAACGAGAACGGACCUAACUUCCUAUUCCGGAACAAUGGAGACGGAACCUUCACUGACAUGGCUCAACAGGCAGGUGUGGAGGACCGCUACCAGCACGGCCGAGGUGUGGCGCUGGCAGACUUUAACGCUGACGGGAAGACUGACAUCGUCUACGGAAACUGGAACGGCCAGCACAGACUGUACCUACAGGACAACAACCAGAGAUUCAGGGACAUAGCCAGUGGGUCGUUCUCCUCUCCCUCUCCCGUGCGGACGGUCAUUGCUGCUGACUUUGACAAUGACCAGGAGCUGGACAUCUUCUUCAACAACAUCGCCUACAGAGGACACGCCCCCAACAGGCUCUUUAGGGUGGCCAGGAGGGCUGGUGCUGACCCCCAGAUAGAGGAGCUAAACGUGGGGGAGGCAGCAGAGCCACAGGGCCGGGGUACAGGUGCCACGGUAACAGACUUUGACGGGGACGGUCAGUUGGACCUGCUGGUGGCUCAUGGGGAGAGUGCCUCUCAGCCCAUCUGUGUCUUCAAGGUCACUCAGGGCUCGUCCAAUCACUGGCUGCGUGUAAUCCCUCGCACGCGGUUCGGCUCCUUCGCCCGCGGGGCCCGGGUCACGGCCUACACCAAUCGGAGUGGGGCUCUCAUGCGCAUCAUCGACGGCGGCUCGGGGUACCUCUGUGAGAUGGAGCCUGUCGCCCACUUUGGACUGGGCAAGGACGAGGUCACCGUGGUGGAGGUCUAUUGGCCUGAUGGCCGUUCCGUGGCCCGCCCACUGCAGCCUGGUGACAUGAACUCUGUGAUGGAGAUUGGCUACCCUAAAGAGGGGGAGGAGUCUGUGCUGACCCCUGAUACCCAGUGUGGGGAAGGAUUCUUUGUCAAGAAUGGCCGCUGUGCAGGUAUAUGAGGGCAGUGAAUGAGAUGCCUUGAAGCAAAAUAAAAAUAAAAAUAUGCCUUGUCAUCAAGAAAAUGUAUACUGUCGAAGACCAAUGACACUCCAUAUUGUUUGUCAUUUGAACUAGUAGAUUAUCUCUGUUUUGCUUCGAUCUUUCAUAAGUGUCAUCUUCUCUGGAAGUGUUACCUCAUUGUUCUACUUGUCUUUGUUUUUCUUGACAAAUCAAACUGUUCCCCUUUGCUCUUUUGUUUUAGAAUAAUUAACCCUAAUAAAUCAAACUGUUCCCCUUUGCUCUUUUUGUUUUAGAAUAAUUAACCCU